AUGUUUAGAGCCCAGCUUCCAGCGAUGCGAGCCUUCUCCACGGUGGGAGGGCUCUUCCAGAAGUCCCCUACCGGUAUAGUGUUUAUGAACAUGGGCGGACCGUCCACGGUCCCCGAGACUCGCGACUUCCUGUACCAGCUGUUUUCCGACAACGACCUAAUUCCCAUUAGCCGCAAGUACCAGCCCAUGAUUGCCAAGUUCAUUUCCAAGUUCCGCACCCCCAAAAUCGAGAAGCAAUACAAGGAGAUUGGGGGAGGCUCCCCCAUUCGCAAGUGGUCUGAGUACCAGGCUAAGCGUGUAUGCGAAAUCCUGGACGAAACUUGCCCCGAAACCGCGCCUCACAAGCCUUACGUCGCUUUCCGCUAUGCCAGGCCCCUGACUUCCGAGACCUACGAGAGAAUGCUGAAAGACGGAGUGCGCAAAGCCAUUGCUUUCUCGCAGUACCCUCAGUUCUCCUACUCCACUACAGGAUCCUCCAUCAACGAACUCUGGAGACAAAUCAAGAAACUCGACCCCGAAAGAACUAUCAACUGGUCGGUUAUCGACCGCUGGCCUACGAACAAGGGCCUCGUUAAGGCGUUCGCCGACAACAUCACUGCCAAGCUACAAGAAUACCCCGAGGACAUCAGAAAGGAUGUGGUCCUACUGUUUUCCGCUCACUCCCUCCCAAUGGACGUCAUCAACACCGGUGAUGCUUAUCCAGCCGAAGUCGGCGCAACCGUUUACCGCGUCAUGGAGCAAUUGAAAUUCUGCAACCCAUACAGACUGGUGUGGCAAUCGCAGGUUGGGCCUAAGCCUUGGCUAGGAGCUCAAACCGCAGACGUCACUGAAUGGUUGGCACCCUCUGAGAAGGGGUUGAUCUACAUCCCAAUUGCAUUCACGUCCGAUCACAUCGAGACUCUUUUUGAAAUUGAUCUUGAAGUCAUCGGUGAGUCUGAAUACAAGGACAAGCUAAAGCGUUGUGACUCGCUCAACGGCAGUGAAACCUUUAUCGAGGGCUGCGCAGACCUUGUGAAAGAGCAUUUAGAAAGCGGAGAACUAUAUUCCAAACAGCUACCCCUUGACUUCCGGCUGGGAAGGUCUAGUGAUACGUUUGAGCACCCUUCCCAGGUGUUUGGUGACCACUCCAAAAAAUGA